CACACAGCCUGCAGCGCCCAGCGCCGCCGCUCCGGGCUGCACCCCCCCGCAGCCCCCCCCGCCAUGGCGGGCACCCCGACGGCCUUCAGCCUCCUCCUCCUCCUCCUCACCGCCAGCCCCCCGCUGGCAGCUGAGGAAGUGGUGCUGCUGGACUUCGCCAAGGCGCAGGGGGAGCUGGGCUGGCUCACCCAGCCCUACAGCAAAGGGUGGGACCUGCUGCAGAACGCCUUCAACGACUCCUUGAUCUACAUCUACUCGGUGUGCAACGUGCUGGAGGGCGAGCAGGAGAACUGGCUGCGCACCAACUGGAUCUACCGCGGGGUGGCCCAGCGCAUCUUCAUCGAGCUGCAGUUCACCGUCCGCGACUGCAACAGCUUCCCCGCGGCCGGCAGCGGCUCCUGCAAGGAGACCUUCAACCUCUACUACGCCGAAUCCGACGUGGAUUACGGCACCAACUUCCAGAAGAGGCAGUUCAAGAAGAUCGACACCAUCGCCCCGGACGAGAUCACCGUGCAGGAGGACUUCGCCGCACGCAACGUGAAGCUGAACGUGGAGGUGCGCUCGGUGGGACCCCUCCGCAGGAAAGGUUUCUACUUGGCCUUCCAGGACCUGGGCGCCUGCGUGGCGCUGCUCUCCGUCAGGGUCUACUACCAGCGGUGCCCGGCGGUGGUGCGGGGCAUGGCCACCUUCCCGGCCACCGUGGCCGGCCCCGACUCGCAGGCGCUGGCCGAGGUGAAGGGCACCUGCGUGGAGCAGGCGGUGGCCGAGCGGGCGCCCACCCUGCACUGCAACGCCGACGGGGAGUGGUUGGUGCCCAUCGGGCGCUGCCUCUGCCGCCAGGGCUACCGCGGAGACGGCGACAGCUGCCAAGCCUGUCCCGCUGGCACCUUCAAGGCAGGAGUGUCCACAGACGAGUGCCAGCCCUGCCCUGCCAACACCCUGCCCUCCCUGGCCGCCGCCGCUGCCUGCCCCUGCCAGGAUGGCUUCUUCCGUGCCCCUGCUGACCCCCCCAGUGACCCCUGCACCCGUCCCCCUUCUGCCCCCCAAGGCCUCACGGCCGUGGGGCUGGGGGCCGCGGUGCAGCUGCGUUGGUCCCCCCCCACGGACACGGGCGGGCGGGAGGACGUCACCUACACAGUCAGCUGCGAGCAGUGCUGGCCCGAGAGCGGCGAGUGCCGCUCCUGCGACGGCGCCGUCCGCUACUCGCAGCCGCCCCGCGGGCUGAGCGCCACCGGCGUCACCGUCAGCGACCUGGAGCCGCACAUCAACUACACCUUCAGCGUGGAGGCGCGGAACGGCGUCUCCCCGUACAGCCCCCGCCGCAGCCUGGCCGCCGCCACCGUCAGCGUCAACCAGACAGAGCCACCCCGGGUGACAUCACUGAGCCUGGACGGACGGACAGCCACCAGCUUGAUCCUCUCCUGGACGGUGCCACCGCGGCAGCAGAGUCGAGUCUGGAAGUAUGAGGUCACCUACAGCAAGAAGGUGGAUGAGAACAGCUACUCGGUGCUGCGCUGCGAGGGCACCUCUGUCACCCUCCCCAAGCUGUCCCCUGCCACCGCCUACCUGGUGCGUGUCCAGGCCCUCACCCAGGACGGCCACGGCGCCUACAGCCCCCAGCACGAGUUCGAGACCCUGCCUGAGGGAGCUGAGGCCAUGACAUCUGCUGCUGUCAUCAGCGGCUCCGUCACUGGUGUCCUCUUUGUCCUCCUCCUCUUGGGUGCUCUCCUCUACGUCCUGCGGCGGAUGGGAGACGAAGGCCUGCAUGGCAGUGAGGGCAUCCGUGAGGGAGUGGAGGCCUUCAUGGCACUGUGCAGUGUGGUGGAGACCUCCAUGGGCAGUGGAUUGGGCAUACCUGUGGGGUCGGUGAUCCGCAUGGGGGAGGGGGUGGGGGCAUCCCUGGGGACAGUGGCAGCUGCGGAGAUGGAGAUAGCUGCAGGGGUGGGGAUGUUCAUUGGGGUGGAGACUGCCAUUGGGAUGGUGUUGGGAUGCUGCAUGGUGACAGGGACCACCACAGGGGUGGAGAUGGAGAUAGCUGCAGGGGUGGGGAUGUUCAUUGGGGUGGAGACUGCCAUUGGGAUGGUGUUGGCGUCCUCCAUGGCAACAGGGAUGUGCAUGGGGAUAGAGAUGGAGACACCCGUGGGGAUGGAGAUGAGGACCACCACAGAGGUGGAGAUGGGGACCGUCGUGGAGACGGAGACAUCUGCAGGGUUGGGGAUGUUCCUUGGGAUGGAGACUGCCAUUGGGAUGGUGUUGGGAUCCUCCACGGUGAUAGGGAUGGGGAUGGGGACAUCAUCUGAGGAUAUCCAUUCCCUCUGCCCGGGUGGUCAGUGGGACCUGCUGCAGAACGCCUUCAACGACUCCUUGAUCUACAUCUACUCGGUGUGCAACGUGCUGGAGGGCGAGCAGGAGAACUGGCUGCGCACCAACUGGAUCUACCGCGGGGUGGCCCAGCGCAUCUUCAUCGAGCUGCAGUUCACCGUCCGCGACUGCAACAGCUUCCCCGCGGCCGGCAGCGGCUCCUGCAAGGAGACCUUCAACCUCUACUACGCCGAAUCCGACGUGGAUUACGGCACCAACUUCCAGAAGAGGCAGUUCAAGAAGAUCGACACCAUCGCCCCGGACGAGAUCACCGUGCAGGAGGACUUCGCCGCACGCAACGUGAAGCUGAACGUGGAGGUGCGCUCGGUGGGACCCCUCCGCAGGAAAGGUUUCUACUUGGCCUUCCAGGACCUGGGCGCCUGCGUGGCGCUGCUCUCCGUCAGGGUCUACUACCAGCGGUGCCCGGCGGUGGUGCGGGGCAUGGCCACCUUCCCGGCCACCGUGGCCGGCCCCGACUCGCAGGCGCUGGCCGAGGUGAAGGGCACCUGCGUGGAGCAGGCGGUGGCCGAGCGGGCGCCCACCCUGCACUGCAACGCCGACGGGGAGUGGUUGGUGCCCAUCGGGCGCUGCCUCUGCCGCCAGGGCUACCGCGGAGACGGCGACAGCUGCCAAGCCUGUCCUGCUGGCACCUUCAAGGCAGGGGUGUCCACAGACGAGUGCCAGCCCUGCCCUGCCAACACCCUGCCCUCCCUGGCCGCCGCCGCUGCCUGCCCCUGCCAGGAUGGCUUCUUCCGUGCCCCUGCUGACCCCCCCAGUGACCCCUGCACCCGUCCCCCUUCUGCCCCCCAAGGCCUCACGGCCGUGGGGCUGGGGGCCGCGGUGCAGCUGCGUUGGUCCCCCCCCACGGACACGGGCGGGCGGGAGGACAUCACCUACACAGUCAGCUGCGAGCAGUGCUGGCCCGAGAGCGGCGAGUGCCGCUCCUGCGACGGCGCCGUCCGCUACUCGCAGCCGCCCCGCGGGCUGAGCGCCACCGGCGUCACCGUCAGCGACCUGGAGCCGCACAUCAACUACACCUUCAGCGUGGAGGCGCGGAACGGCGUCUCCCCGUACAGCCCCCGCCGCAGCCUGGCCGCCGCCACCGUCAGCGUCAACCAGACAGAGCCACCCCGGGUGACAUCACUGAGCCUGGACGGACGGACAGCCACCAGCUUGAUCCUCUCCUGGACGGUGCCACCGCGGCAGCAGAGUCGAGUCUGGAAGUAUGAGGUCACCUACAGCAAGAAGGUGGAUGAGAACAGCUACUCGGUGCUGCGCUGCGAGGGCACCUCUGUCACCCUCCCCAAGCUGUCCCCUGCCACCGCCUACCUGGUGCGUGUCCAGGCCCUCACCCAGGACGGCCACGGCGCCUACAGCCCCCAGCACGAGUUCGAGACCCUGCCUGAGGGAGCUGAGGCCAUGUCAUCUGCUGCUGUCAUCAGCGGCUCCGUCACUGGUGUCCUCUUCGUCCUCCUCCUCUUGGGUGCUCUCCUCUACGUCCUGCGGCGGAAGAGGAGGUCACGGCCACGGCAGUCUGCUGAGGAUGUCUACUUCUCCAAGUCAGACCAGCUGAAGCCCCUCAAAACCUAUGUCGACCCCCACACCUAUGAAGACCCCAACCAAGCCAUGCUCAAGUUCACCACCGAGAUCCCUCCAGCCUCCAUCACCCGCCAGAAGGUCAUCGGCGCCGGUGAGUUCGGGGAGGUGUACAGGGGCACCCUGCGGCGCGGCAAGCGGGAGGUGCCGGUGGCCAUCAAGACGCUGAAGGUUGGCUACACCGAGAAGCAGCGCGUGGACUUCCUGAGCGAGGCCACCAUCAUGGGCCAGUUCUGCCACCACAACAUCAUCCGCCUGGAGGGGGUCGUCUCCAAGUGCAAACCCUUCAUGAUCAUCACAGAGUACAUGGAGAAUGGUGCCCUGGAUAAGUUCCUUCGGGAGAAGGAAGGGGAGUUUGGUGUCAUCCAGCUGGUGGGCAUGCUGAGGGGCAUCGCCGCCGGCAUGAAGUACUUGGCCAACAUGAACUACGUCCACCGGGACCUGGCGGCCAGGAACAUUCUGGUCAACAGCAACCUGGUCUGCAAGGUGUCCGAUUUUGGCCUCUCCAGGGUGUUGGAAGAUGACCCUGAAGCUACCUACACCACCAGUGGAGGGAAGAUCCCCAUCCGCUGGACCGCGCCCGAGGCCAUCUCCUACCGCAAGUUCACCUCGGCCAGCGACGUCUGGAGCUACGGCAUCGUCAUGUGGGAGGUGAUGUCCUACGGAGAGAGGCCCUACUGGGAGCUGUCCAACCACGAGGUGAUGAAGGUUAUCAACGAGGGCUUCCGCCUGCCGGCCCCGCUGGACUGUCCCUCUGCCAUCUACCAGCUGAUGAUGCAGUGCUGGCAGCAGGAGCGUUCUCGGCGCCCCAAGUUCGCCGACGUCGUCAGCAUCCUGGACAAGCUCAUCCGGGCCCCUGAGUCCCUCAGGGCGCUGGCAGACUUCGACCCUCGGGUCUCCAUCCGCCUGCCCAGCACCAGUGGCUCCGAGGGGGUCCCGUUCCGCUCCGUGCCCGAGUGGCUGGAGUCCAUCCGCAUGGCGCAGUACACUGAGCACUUCAUGGCCUCGGGCUACAGCACCAUUGAGAAGGUCCUGCAGAUGACCCCCGAGGACAUCAACAAGAUCGGGGUGCGGCUGCCAGGCCACCAGAAGCGCAUCACCUACAGCCUGCUGGGGCUGCGGGAGGGGGCUGCUGCUGGGGGGGCUCCCACUUAACCCUUUCCUCCCUCUCCCUCUCCCCCCAACAUACUUGAAAGCACCAAAUGAAGACACCUCCCUCCUCCCCCUCCCCCCCCCCCUUUCCUCCCUCCUCCCCGAGGGGCUUAUUUAUUACUUCUCUUGUUAUUAAGGGGUUCCUAAUAUUAAUAUUGUGUCUGUCUGUGUCCCCCCCCCAGGGACUUAUCACCUCUUAUCUUCCCUCCUCCCCCCCAAAAAAAGCCUUUCAAGCUCAUUUUUGGGCUUGAUCUGGGGCAGGGUGGGAGGAGGAAGAUUUGAAUGGAGUUUCUUUUUCUCUUCCACAUUUCAACAUCCACCCCCAAACUCUUUUGCUCUUUUCUGCCUAUUUAUUCCUCUCUCCUGCUGGAUUAUGUUUUUUUUUGGGGGGGUUUACUCUUUUUCCUCCCCCCCCCCCCCCCUGUUUUUUAAGGCUCAGCUGCCAGUGCCAAGGUUGUUUGUUUCUUAUUUUUGAACCUAAUUUAUUCUAUUUUUGUAUAUUUAUUGUGAGGAAGGAAAGGUUCAGGUCAGGGUUGGGAGAGCAAAAGGGUCAGAGGGUGGGGGGGACUUGACUAAAAAGAUGUAUUUUUCCUUCCCCCACCUCCCUCCUUCCCUCUCCUGAAUCCCAAAUCCGUUCCCCCCCCCCCCCCCUCCUUUAUUUUUCAUGGGGUUUUGUUAUUGUUUUUUGAUGGUUUUUAGGGUUUUUUGGGGGGGGGGUUGGAGUUGAAUAAAAAGUUGCUUUUUG